AUGGAGCUUGCCAACGACUGCAUACCUCAGCGGCCUGCACAGUUGUGGGUGUCGGAAAGACUCUUACAUGAUUCUGAGCAGUUGGCCAUCGCCAGUGCUCUUUUCAUGGGAGUUGCAUUUGCUGGGCUUAUGGUUCCAUCUGUCGAUUGGCUGGAGCGUUCGGAGCAAUACGCUAUGAUUGUCGCUCCCAUAUACGUCACUUUUAUGAGCCUUUCGGGUCUGUCCGCCCUCUGCAGCGUCACGGCCUCAUAUGCUCGUAGUCUGGCAUUUAAUAAGGUACCUUACCCUAUGCUACCCCGUUUCGUGGCCGAGCUCAAGUCCGGUGGCUAUUGGAUGUUCUUUCGCGAACCAGCCUUCUGGUUCCUCACCAGUGCUACUAGUCUCGUUUGCGGUCUGGCAUGUGGCGCGGCCCUUCUAUAUGGUCUGAAGCAUGCCCUUGUGGCUCUGGUGCUCUUUUUGUUAGUACUAUUUUGCCAGACGUACAUUUGGAUAUGGUGGCCAAGGAUGUUGAGGUCCCAUCAGGAGGAGAUGCUCGCGGAGGUCCGAGAACGCGAACUCGCUCACUCCCAGAGGAGGUUCAAAACGAGCCGCAGUUCAGCUAGUACGGAUAUGGGCUCAAGGACGUUCAACAGUUAUCGUGACGAGGGUCUUAGCGGCGAAUUUGGUUCCGUGAUGGAGAUGGUUUGA